AUGACCGCGUCUGAGCGAAAGAAGGCCCAAUCAGCAAUGAUGUUACUCGCAGAGAAGCAAUUCAAAAAGACAAUUAAAGGUCGCCUAGUAUUCCGAGUCGAUGGAACUCGUGAAUGGUUAUCGCGAGAGGACACUGCAAGUCCAACUGCUUUGCAGAAAGCAAUCACCACUACUUGUGUUAUUGAUGCACACGAAGGUAGAGAUAUAAGGACGAUGGACAUGCCUAAAGCUUUCAUUCAAACUUAUAUGCCUGAAGCUAAGGAAGGAGAAGAUCGUAUCUACAUGAAAAUCACUGCCAUGAUGGUCCAGAUAUUGUUGUAUCACCUGACACUUUCUGCAGAAUCACUACGAGUCAUGAAAUGGAUGAUCGACGCAUCAUUUGCAGUGCAUCCAGAUUUCAAGAGCCAUACUGGCGGCACUCUGUCCUUUGGAGGAGGUGCAGCUCAAGUGAUGUCGAACAAGCAAAAGCUAAACAGCAGAAGCAGUACGGAAGCGGAACUGAUUGCUGUUGACAAUGUUGUCACGAUGAUACUAUGGACGAAGUUGUUCAUGGGGUGGCAAGGGUAUCCGAUCGAGAAGAAUAUCUUGUAUCAGGAUAAAACCAGCCCCUUUUGGCAAACUAUAGCGAACACAUUUGGAUACUUAGCAAAAUUUAGGACUGCUAAAAAGUUGAGUGAUGAAUUUUCUUUGUAA